AUGCCUCCACAGAAGAUGAUUCGCCGUAAGAAGAACGUGAAGAAGGGAAUCCAGUUCUGCUUGAUGGUCUGCGGUGCUUCAGGAACCGGCAGAACCACCUUCGUCAACACGCUGUGCGGCAAGGAGGUAUUGGAUCACAAGGACUCCGACGAUGCCACCGCCGCCCACGUCGAGGAUGGCGUCAAGAUCAAGCCCAUCACAGUCGAGCUCGAGUUGGACGAGGAGGGCACCCGUAUCUCGUUGACCAUCGUCGACACGCCUGGUUUUGGUGACCAGAUCGAUAAUGAAGCAAGCUUUUCCGAGAUUGUUGGCUAUCUUGAGCGACAAUACGAUGAUAUUCUGGCCGAGGAGUCGCGUAUCAAGCGUAACCCCAGAUUCAGGGACAACCGUGUCCACGCAAUGCUCUACUUCAUUACACCGACCGGUCACGGCCUCCGCGAGCUCGACAUCGAACUCAUGAAGCGCCUCGCCCCCCGCGUCAAUGUCAUCCCCGUCAUCGGUAGAGCCGAUUCCCUUACACCCGCCGAGCUAGCCGAGUCCAAGAAGCUGGUGAUGGAGGACAUUGAGCACUACAGAAUCCCCGUCUACAACUUCCCCUACGACAUCGAGGAGGAUGAUGAGGACACCGUCGAGGAGAACGCCGAGUUGAGAGGGCUCAUGCCUUUCGCCAUUGUGGGUUCGGAGGACAUUGUCGAGAUUGGCGGCCGCAAAGUACGUGCACGACAAUAUCCUUGGGGUGUUGUAGAGGUCGACAACCCGCGCCACUCGGAUUUCCUGGCUAUUCGAUCGGCGCUGCUGCACAGCCAUCUUGCCGAUUUGAAGGAAAUCACCCACGAUUUCCUAUACGAGAACUACCGUACCGAGAAGCUGUCCAAGAGCGUUGAGGGCGGCACUGGCGCCGAUUCGUCGAUGAACCCCGAGGAUCUGGCCUCGCAGUCGGUCCGACUCAAGGAGGAGCAGCUGCGCCGCGAGGAGGAGAAGUUGCGCGAGAUCGAAGUCAAGGUUCAGCGCGAGAUCAACGAGAAGCGACAGGAGCUGUUGGCGCGCGAGUCGCAACUCCGCGAGAUCGAGGCAAGAAUGCAGCGCGAGCAGACGGCCAUGAACGCCCAACAAUCGCCCAACCCCGAAGCCAACGGCGAGCACGAUGGAAACUAG